AUGACUCAGAUUCAAUCGGGCCAAGUAUACACGCUCGUGAACGCUAUGAGCGGUACCGCCCUUGAUCUCUCUGGGGGCGACAACACCUCCAUCAUCGGCUUCAACUUCCACGGUGGAGGUAACCAGAAGUGGAUGUUCGAACAAACCUCGCAAGGACCCUGGACCAUCCGCUCCCUCGAGACCGGCAAAUACCUCAACAUCGAAGGCCCGCCGUCCGAUGGCGCCAAGGUCGUGGCGAUCGAUAACCCCCAGAACUGGGAUAUUUGGCAUGAUGAGCAGGAUGGGAGUGUUUUCAGACUCUUCAUCCCCGGAACGACGUUCAACAUCGACAUGUCCGACCACGGGAACGCGACGCCCGGCACGCCCGUCACGCUCUGGGGGAAAUGGGAGGGCAAGAACCAGACGUGGAGGAUCGAGCCUGGUAUGUUUUCUUCUCCUCUCUUCUCCGUCUUUUCCUCGUUUUCCCCGUCCUUCUUCUCCUUGUUUGGGUCAUUGUUUGCUUUCUUGUUCUUGUUUAUGUUUUCGUUCAAUCUGCGUGAUCGUGCUGCUGACGAUGCACCUUGUACUUGA